GAGGAUGGGCAAAGCAGAGCUUGCGAUGACGCCGCUCCAGCAGUGGGGUGAAGAGGUGGAAGACGGGGCUAUAUACAGCAUCAUCCUUCAGCGAGUGAGAGCCGAGCCUCUGGCCAAGAGAUCCUGUCACCUGGAUGACCACAGCCCCCCGGAGUGUCCUUUUGUACAGUACCGCACCUGCAAGAGACGUGUGUUGAGAGCUGCCACACUCCCCAGGCUGGUGAAAUGGCUGGCAUCUGGCAAUGUGGAGGGUGACUGUGACUGCAUACCUGACUUCCUGGCCACCUACCAAGCUUUUGCCACCCCUGCCCAAGUGCUUGAACUGCUGUUGCCCUUGGGACCAGAGAAGGCAGUGUUGCAGAUGUUGGAGCUCUGGCUAAAAGAUCACCCUGAGGAUUUCUGGGAGCCCCCUGAGCACUCCAGCCUGCAAAAAACCUUCCAUUUUCUGCAGCACUCUGCUCCAGACUCCCCAGCAUGUGCUCUUGCUGAGGAACUGCUGCAAACCCAUCAGAAAGAAAGGGAGGAGGGAGAUGUAAGAAGACCAGAAGCUAAAAUGAGCCCUGAUGGUAGGAAUUCCUCAUGGACAAUGGUUAUACUGGAAAUGGGACUGGUGCCGGUGACUGGUGAAACACCAAGGGGAUAUGAGGAGACACCAACCUUGCUGUCCUUUUCUGUGGAUGAAGUGGCUGAGCAGUUAACCCUGAUGGAUGCUAACCUAUUUAGGGCAGUGAGGCUGUUCCACUGCCUGGGUUGUGUCUGGUCCCAGAGAGACAAGAAGGAAAAUCAGCACAUAGCUCCCAGCGUCCGUGCUACUGUGGCCCAGUUCAAUGCAGUCACCAGUUGUGUCAUAGCUUCUGUGCUUGGAGACCUAUCGCUGCGAAUUCCACAGCGUGCGCAACUACUAGAGAAAUGGAUCAACAUUGCUCAGAAAUGUCGGGUCCUCCGGAACUUCUCCUCACUCCAUGCAAUCCUCUCUGCUCUGCAGUCCAACCCCAUCUACCGACUGAAGCGUACCUGGGCUGCUGUCAACAGGGACACUCGCGGUGCCUUCCGAAAACUCUCGCAGAUCUUUUCUGAAGACAACAAUCACUUGAACUGCAGAGAAAUCCUGAUUCAGGAAGGUGGGACUCAAGGCUUGUGUGAUGGACGCAACAGCCCUCAAGUGCCUACCCGGGCAUCUCUGAAGCUGAGACCUCCAGCCAGGCCAGUGGUUCCCACCAUCCCAUAUCUGGGCACUUUUUUAACUGAUCUCAUCAUGCUGGACACGGCACUCCCAGAUUUCGUGGAGGGCAACCUCAUCAACUUUGAGAAAAGACGCAAGGAAGCAACAAUCCUCUUCUUGAUCCGUCAGCUACAGGAGUCAUGUCAAGGAUACAACCUUCAUCCAAACCUCUCCUUUUGCAAAAUCUUCCUGCAGCAUCCACAGCUUUCUGAGGAACAGAGCUACCGGAUUUCCCGUAUCAUCGAACCACCGGCAGAUUCUUGUCCCAACUCUCCAAAGUUGCAUCGCAGCCUGACCAAACGUUUCAGCUCACUCCUCCUGGGCACAGAAUCCUCUGCCCCUCCUCCAGGCCCUGAAAAAUCUGGAAUUUCACCCCUGGGCUCCUGCAGCAGCCUUGAAACUGAAGAUGUGUCCAGUGCCCCUUGCUCCCCAACAUGGGGAUCCCCUACUGUCAAGAACCUGCCUGCAUCUCAGUCCAGAGCCUGCCCUUUGCUUGAGUUGUCCCUGCCAUCCCCUACCUUGAAGCAGAGAGGGACAGAAGCACGCAUCAUCCGUGUCAGUAUGGACAAUGAGCAUGGCAAUGGCAACCUUUAUCGCAGCAUUUUGAUCACCAGCCAGGAUAAGACCACAGCUGUGGUUCAGCGUGCCUUGCAGAAGCACAAUCUAGAAGGGGACACCCCAAGUGACUACCGACUCCUACAGCUUUUAGAGGAUGGCCAAGAGCUGCUGAUUCCUGAUGGGGCCAACGCUUUCUAUGCCAUGAACCCUAGCAGCCCUCAUGACUUCUUCCUGUGCCACAAGAAAGGAACCACCAAACCACCUGUCUUGGGGGUUACACAGGCUUGUCGCAAAACCACCUCCCACAGCACUCUCACGCUCAAGGACUGUAGCACCAGGGUGCUUUCUACCACAUCAUGCCCCACUUCUUCUUCCAGUGCCCCACACCUUGUAACUCCUAGGGUUUGCCCAUCGCUCCCUGUUAUGGAGCCACAACUCAGGCCAAAUUUUCUGGCACCCCCAUUUCCACCUUCUCCCUCUUGGUUCUUGGGAAUCCAGCACCCAAGUGUCUCUGUAGACUCUCCUCUUCCUUCCCCAACUUUGCCUCUUCCUCAUCACUUAGAAACAACAGGAGCCUUUGAAUCAACCUCACCUGACACGAGUCUAUCCUCUUCCUUGCAGAGCCCACAAGCCAUGGCUUCUAUGCCCCAGUCACUCCCUUGCUAUUCUUUGGGGCCCUGUUUUUGGUCAGAGUCCCCCAACCACAGUUCUGUCCAUCACUUUUCAGCUCUUUAAUGCCUAGAGGACCCCUGAGUUGUCCAGGGAUAGUGCCCCAGAGCAAGAAAGUAAGUCCCCUGGGAUGGAGCUAGUAUAUCUACUAGAGAGGGGAAUAAUAUUUCAAAAAUAUAUCCAAAAACCUGGCUGAAAAAUGUAUUUCUUGAA